AUGGUCCAGUUGUCUCUCAGAAACGUUGUGGUUGGACUGUGCGUAUGCGUGGCCCCCGCGAGAGGUUACGUCGUGCAAAAAGGAGCAAGACAGUCAGCGAACGAUUUGUCCGCGCCACUCGUCGAUUUAGGCUAUGCGCAAUAUCAAGGUAGUUUGGACCCCACCACUAAUGUGACAAGCUUCUUGGGCGUGCGCUAUGCGGCGCCUCCAACAGGUGACCUGAGAUGGCGUGCUCCGCAGACGCCGAAUGCAACCACUGGCAUCCAACAGGCGACUACGCAGCCGAACGAAUGCUUCCAAGCAGCCACAGGCAAUUCAACUACGGAUCCCUUCCGGUCUCUAACACCGGCAAAACGCGCCGUUGUGGCAGAUGAAGACUGCUUGUUUCUGAAUGUGUUCUCGCCCGGGCCCUUGAAUGCUUCUCAGAAUUUACCAGUUUUGGUCUGGAUUCAUGGCGGAGGUUACAUUGCGGGAGCUGCCAGCAGUUUCUCAGGUGAAGAUCUCAUACGGGAAUCUGGUUUCGGAAUUGUUGCGGUGAUCAUUCAAUAUCGCCUGGGUGUAUUUGGCAAGUGUUUCUUGCCCGGCUCAGAAGUAAAGUCGAAUGGUGUCUUGAACGCAGGACUGCUUGACCAAAACUUCGCCUUGCAAUGGGUUCAAGACCACAUAGCUUCCUUCGGAGGAGAUCCAACCAAAGUGACGAUAUGGGGUGAAUCUGCCGGUGCUGGGUCUGUCCUCCAGCAUAUCGUCGCCAAUGGCGGCGAGACGGACCCCCCGCUGUUCCGAGGUGUUAUGACCAGUUCCACAUUCUUGCCCUUCCAGUACGCAUUCAACGAUAGUAUUCCAGAGGAAAGUGAGAUCAGAUUGAGUGCAUGGUCUUGCUGCUUCGACGCGCCAGACACAUUGGCAUGCCUCCGUCAAACUGAUGUUACGACGCUUCAGAACCUUAACAAUGCUAUCGAUCUUGCGGGCUUUUUCGGCGUGUUCACCUGGGUUCCAGUCGUAGAUGGCUCUCUGAUUGUCGAGAGACCAAUUGAGACGCUAUUGAAAGGAAAGGUCAACGGGGAAGCCCUUCUGGCUGUAACGAACACGCUGGAGGGCGGUCCAUUCGUUCGAGCAUCCGACACCACGAAUCUUACUCAAUACGUCACAAAUCUGUUCCCGCUCUUUGGUCCCAAUGAUAUACAAUCGGUUGUGAAAUUAUACACCUCAUCCGGCUUUGCCAACUCGGACGACGAGGCUAUUGCUAUCAUGGGAGAGGAUAUUUUCAUAUGCCCGACCUAUUUCCUCCUGAACACAUUCAAUGGCACAUCAUUCAAGGGCGAAUUCGCUAUUCCUCCCGCGUCUCACGGAGAUGACCUUCCGUACUAUUUCCCUACGUCGAACGGGCCUCCGCCCUUCAAUAACUCCGACUUCCUUACGGCGUUCUCGCAAUCUUUCAUGUCGCUUACUCGCUUCCUCGACACUAACGUAAAGUUUACGCCCGAUAUCAAACCUGAUUGGCCAGUCUUCGCCAAUGGGACCACGGAAAUGUUAUUCAACAAGACGGAGGCCGGCGAACCUCUGGUUCAGACCAUCACGACAUCCCCCGCGCUCCUGGGCCGAUGCAGGUGA